AUGGAGAGAAAGAGAUCUACUGGACUUUUGAACGGCUUGUUUAACUAUAAAAAACUUCCAGACGGCUCAGUUGACAAGUCAAAAGUAAAAUGCAACCUUUGUCAAAAGGAAUUCAACUACCACCGCAGUACAUCGACUUUAAGUUACCACCUGCAUGCUAAACACCCAGGUGCAGCAGACACACCGCAGCCAAGCGAACCUCAGCUCCGCCAAAAUACCAUUUUGGAGUGCGGGAGUCGCCGGAGACCUGUGGAUGAAAGUACGUCGAAGAAGUUAACUAAAGCGGUCGCUAAAUGGGUGGCAACUGACUGCAGACCAGUCAACAUCGUAGAAGACCCAGGUCUUAGGGAUGUUAUCAGGCUGGCAUGUUCUGACCAGGCGUACACCUUACUGUCGCGGGGAACAGUUGUUACACGCAUACAGGAGCUAUAUGAAACUGAGAAAGAAGCUAAAAUGGACCUCCUGCAAAAUGCAAAUGGUGUGGUAUUAAGUGAGGAUCACUGGACGUCGGUAAGCAACCAGUAUUAUCUUGGAGUUAUGGCUCAUCAUAUAGACAUUGACUGGAAAUUGCACUCGUUUGCUUUAACGGUUCGACAUACAGAAGAACAACACUUCGCACGGACAUGUGCCCAACAUUUUUCCGAAAUUGCGGAGCAGUGGAAUGUCGCAGGGAAGGUGACGACAAUUGGCACCGAUAGUGCCCGUAACAUGACAGCAGCAGCAAGACUCCUGCCAUACGAGCACAUGCCGUGCAUUGCGCACAGUUUACAGAGAUCCAUCACAAUGGCAAUCCGUGACAGUGGUCUUGAGAAUGUCUUGGCAAAAUGCUGCAAACUGGUCGGACAUUUUAAGCACAGUCCAGCAAAUGCAGCAGAACUGCCACGACAACAAGAAGAGUCUGGACAGCAACAGGAGCCCCUCAUCCAGGAUGUUUCCACCAGGUGGAACUCCACUCUCAGCAUGAUUACCCGGCUUCUCAGAAACAAGGAUGCAGUCAGAGCUGCACUUGAGCUCCAUCAGCAAAGAAGCACACCAGCCAUGCUGACAAAUGCUGAACUGGAGAAGAUCGAAAAGCUUGAAAUACUCCUUGAACCGUAUGUGACAGAGCUUUUGGGAGGAGAACAGUACAUAUCCUGCUCCGUGGUCCUGCCUGCACUGUGCCAUUUGUUCCGGGUGAUGGAGGGUUCUGACGAUGAUCCAGGCUAUGUGAUCCGUUUUAAAGCGGCAUUCACGUCUGACCUGUCAAAGCGGAAAGAAAACACCAAUGUCCAGUGGUUGAAAGUGGCAACGACGCUUGACCCCAGAUUUAAAGAUCUGAAAUGCCUUCCCAGAUCUGAAAGGGAAGGAGUCUGGAAGUCAAUUAAAGAAGAGAGUUCCCAGCAGCCUGAGCCUCAGAGAGAAACAGAGCCAUUUCCACCUAAAAAGAAGAUGAACCUCCUGUUAGCUGCGUCAGACUCAGACGAAGAAGGGGACCCUGCAUUUGACAUAUCUGUGGAUCGGUACAGAGGUGAGCCCAGCAUCUCCAUAGAGGAUUGUCCAUUGAAAUGGUGGUCUGGACACGUAGGGGCCUACCCAAGCUUGGCACCUCUGGCACAAAAAUAUCUGGCUACACCUGCAACGACGGUACCAUGUGAAAGACUGUUCUCUCUCUCUGGUCACAUUCUGCAAAAGAAGAGAGCAGCACUGUCCACUGAUAAUGUCACCAGACUGGUCUGUAUUAGCAGUUGGCUCAAAGAAAAGAAAUAG